GUAAAUAUAUAUAUGAGCAGUGAGCACUUGCAUUACCUUCAAUGUACUUUGGUUCAGAAUACUUUUUAACUUUUAACUGAACACCAUCUAGUGUAGUGUAAAAUCAUUGGUUCAGAACUUUUUUUUGCCACAUUUCAGUGAAAGAGGUAUUUACUUUUAGUCGGUUCAUCGACCUACACUUGUUUUAUAUAUGUUAGAAUAAUGAGUGAUGAAAAGAUCACGUUAGUCGCACUACUCAUUCAAACUUGCAAAAAAGCAGACAAAAAUGAACUAGACCAAGUCUUGUACAUCAUUAGGAAGCAUGGAAUAUCGAAGGAUGAAUUGAAUUUUGCGGAUAAAAACGGCAGGACGGCUUUAUCACACAUUUGCACAAAAUCUGAAACGGGCUUUGCCGAUUUUUUACUCCGCUUUAAAGGCAUCGAUGUCAAUAAGCCCGACAAUGAUGGGAAUACUCCCUUACAUUUCGCUGCUGAGACUGGAAUAUCAGACAAAAUUGCAAUGUUGAUCAGUCGUAAUCGUCAUUUAGAUAUCGAUGCUAAGAACUCACUCGGAUUAACACCUUUGAUGAAAGCUUCCAUUCAAGGACGAACCGACUGUGCCAAACGGUUGAUACUAGCAAACGCAUCAGCAUCAUUAAGAGACCCUGGUCGUGGUUUCACAGCAAGAGAUUGGGCUUAUUUUUGUGGGCGAAAAUUCUGCGGCGACGCAUUGGGUGAAUUGGUGAAAAAACAAAAAGCAACCCAACUGAGUGAAAAGCAGCGAAAAGACUUGAAAAUGUCUUUACAGAGCCUAAUGCCAACUAAAAUUGCUGCAACACAACAACAAUUAUAUCAACCAACAGAAGUGAAGAAACCAGUGCCCACAAUUACAUUAACGUCGCCUGAUCAAUCGACGAUAGUCCUAAAAUGAGUGAAAAAUAGUUUCCUGAUCUACACGAAUAUGCCGAACCCUCAGCCGAACCAAAAUUUUCAUUUAAUAUUUUAAAUUGUGAAUCCCUUGAUGGUUGUGCUGCUUUAAUUAAUUCGUUUGUUUAUAGUUUAGUGUGCAGUUAUUGUAACCCUCUCUAGUUAUAUCUUAAGGACUUUGAAAGUGUUUAUUUUUUAUUUUAUAAGUUUUUUCUACGAAAUAAAGUGAAGCCGAAGCAUC